AAGAUGAUCCGGGAGACGAAGACCACGACGACGAAACAGGGCAGGGAUGAUAGAGACUAGUGGAGACGAGGACGUGGUCGACGAGGACGUCUCCGUUUUUUGAGGGGGGCACGUGGAGUAGGGGACCCCUAGGGAGGAGGGUCGCAGAGGUGCGGGAUUUGCCGGAGUUCGCAGCGUUUGUCAGCAGCUAGUCACAAUGCACAGAUGUAGUAGCUAGUGAUCAUCUCUUCUUCGAGGUUCAGGCUGCCUACACGGCGAGCACCACUCCAACAGUAUAGGAAUGGAAUUGCACAUGUGAUCCAGUCGCCCCCUGAGGAAGAAUAUGUCAGAUCACAUGUAAAUGAUCACCGGAAUGACGUUGCAUUGGCACAAUGCUGCAUAGUCAACUAGUCACCAUUACUGAUCGCCUUCGAACGAUCCCGAUGAAAUUAAAUAAACUUGCAGGUUGCUCGCAAGGCAUGAGCAUGUGGCUGCAUGCGGAGUUCAAAGUUGAAGAUGGCAGAAAUGCCAUAGCCGCAGGGCUUUUGUGUGUCGCGCGCGCAGGGGUGUUGUUCUUAAUUACCGUAACUGCUUGUUUGACUCAGUUUGGGCAAGCCAUGGAAGUCGAUACAUUUGAAGUUCAAACAGCCUAUGAAAUGUUCCUCCGACAACUCGCUGCUCCAGCUAUCUGUACAGAGAACACUAUCGUUUUAUGUGUGCCAGUGGCACUCGUUAGUCGUAUUGGUCUGUCUCGGAGGGGGAUUCUCAGCAGUCGGGGUGUGGCAGAUUGUUUUGUCUGCACGACGAGCACUGCAAUAGGCAGGUAUAUAAUCGCGGGAAGAGAUUCUUCGACUUCUGCAAAAAUGAGCUUAGCUCCCCAUCCUGCAUUGACCGAGAGUGGAACUCGGAGCGCGGCCACACCGAUGUCAUUCAAAGACUUGGGAAGACCGCAUGUUACCGCUACACCGUCAUCAAUGCAUCCCUGGCACCCCGGGCUUCUAUACCAACUCGGUGGCGUGAUUUGGCAUAAAAAAUUAUAACAAAUCAGGACCCAAUCUUUUCGAGACGCGCAAAGUUAUCCAUUCAUAGAAAUGAACUCAGCCCAUAUAUUAAUAUUGCUGCUGUUAAUGUAUAAUCUUUUGC